AUGUCAACGCUCCAAUAUCUCAAUGAUUCCGCUAAGGAUUCAGCUAAGGAAAACACUAAACAAUCACUGUCGGAGGAACUGCAACAAGAAAUAGAAGACGCCGAAUAUCGUGUGCAGCACACGGAAGAGAAAGAGGAAGAGCGGUAUACUAACCUACGAGGUCACAUUGAGUCAGCUAAGGAAAACGCUGCAAAUGAUUACGAUAGUCUCAAAAAAUUGUAUUCAUCACUGGAGAAGGAACUUAAGGUGCUGCAACAAGAAAUAGAAGACGUCGAACAACGAUAUCUAGGCGGCAAGAAUUCGGACCGACUGGUUCUAGCAAUGGUACCUUUUCCGUCAGCAAUCCAAGCAGCUCGAAUGAACACAACUAAGAAUGUACAUCGUAAUUAG